AACUGCAUUUCCCUGCGUUCCAGGCAGCGGCGGCCGUAAAGCGCGGCGGCUGAACGGCUGGUUCCGGCUGAAUGUCAGUACGGGGCUGUGGGCCGGGGAGGAAGGAGGUUGUCGGUGUCUCUACAACCUCCGGCUUUGCCUCCUCCGUUCGAGCUACCUCCACGGGCGCCUGGCGGCUCGGCCGCUUGAGUAUGAGACCGUGACGCAAACGACGGGGUCGGGCCGCCGACAUGUUUGGCCGCUCUCGGAGCUGGGUGGGCGGGGGCCAUGGCAAGUCCUCCCGUAACAUCCACUCCUUGGACCACCUCAAGUAUCUGUACCAUGUUUUGACCAAAAACACCACCGUUACAGAACAGAACCGGAACCUGCUGGUGGAGACCAUCCGUUCUAUUACCGAGAUCCUGAUUUGGGGAGAUCAAAAUGACAGCUCCGUCUUUGACUUCUUCCUGGAGAAGAACAUGUUUGUUUUCUUCUUGAACAUCCUGCGGCAGAAAUCAGGGCGCUAUGUGUGUGUUCAGCUGCUGCAGACCCUGAACAUCCUCUUUGAGAAUAUCAGUCACGAGACCUCACUGUAUUAUUUACUCUCUAAUAAUUACAUAAAUUCUAUCAUCGUUCAUAAAUUUGAUUUUUCCGAUGAGGAGAUUAUGGCAUAUUAUAUAUCGUUCCUGAAAACGCUUUCGCUAAAACUCAACAACCACACUGUUCAUUUCUUUUACAAUGAGCACACUAACGACUUUGCCCUGUACACCGAAGCCAUCAAGUUUUUUAAUCAUCCUGAGAGCAUGGUUAGAAUUGCUGUAAGAACCAUAACUUUGAAUGUCUACAAAGUGUCAUUGGAUAACCAGGCCAUGCUGCACUAUAUCAGAGAUAAGACAGCCGUUCCUUACUUCUCCAAUUUGGUUUGGUUCAUCGGGAGCCACGUGAUUGAACUUGAUAACUGUGUGCAGACGGACGAGGAGCACCGGAACCGGGAGAAGCUAAGUGACCUGGUGGCUGAGCACCUGGACCACCUGCACUAUCUCAAUGACAUCCUCAUCAUCAACUGCGAGUUUCUCAACGACGUGCUCACAGAUCACCUGCUCAACAGGCUCUUUCUGCCCCUCUACGUGUACUCCCUGGAGAAUCAGGACAAGGGAGGAGAACGCCCGAAAAUCAGCCUGCCGGUUUCUCUCUAUCUUCUCUCCCAGGUCUUCCUAAUUAUCCAUCAUGCAGCCCUGGUAAACUCAUUAGCUGAGGUCAUUCUGAAUGGCGAUCCAUCUGAGAUGCACGCUAAGCCUGAGCAGGACAUUCCGAGAAAUUCUGCCAAGCCCAGCCUUCGGUGUUUCAUAAAACCCACCGAGACACUGGAGCGGUCCCUUGAGAUGAACAAGCACAAGGGCAAGAGGCGGGUGCAAAAGAGACCCAACUACAAAAAUGUUGGGGAGGAAGAAGACGAGGAGAAAGGGGCGGCCGAGGAUGCCCAGGAAGACGCCGAGAAGGCUAAAGGUACAGAGGGUGGUUCAAAAGGCAUGAAGACGAGUGGGGAGAGUGAAGAGAUAGAGAUGGUGAUCAUGGAGCGCAGCAAGCUGGCGGAAGUGGCUGCCGGCACCUCCAUGCAAGAGCAGAACACCACGGAUGAAGAGAAGAGCGCCGCUGCCACGGGCGACAGUGCCAGCAUGCAGUGGAACAGACCCUUCCUGGAUAUGGUGUACCACUCCCUGGACAGCCCCGAUGAUGACUACCAUGCUCUCUUCGUGCUCUGCCUCCUCUACGCCAUGUCACAUAACAAAGGAAUGAAUCCAGAAAACUUAGAGCCAAUCGAGCUCCCAGUGCCUACUGUGACUGAGAAGAUCACCUAUAACCAUCUCCUGGCCGAAAGACUCAUCAGGAUAAUGAACAACGCUGCCCAGCAAGAUGGGAAGAUCCGCCUGGCGACCCUGGAGCUGAGCUGUCUGCUCCUGAAGCAGCAGGUUCUGACCAACAGCAGCUGCAUCAUCAAAGACGUGCACUUGGCCUGCCUGGAGGGUGCAAGAGAAGAAAGUGUUCACCUGGUGCGACAUUUUUACAAGGGAGAGGAAAUUUUUCUGGACAUGUUUGAAGAUGAAUACAGGAGCAUGACGAUGAAGCCCAUGAAUGUGGAGUACCUCAUGAUGGACGCCUCCAUCCUGCUGCCCCCGACGGGCACGCCACUGACAGGCAUCGACUUCGUGAAGCGCCUGCCAUGCGGUGACGUGGAGAAGACCCGACGGGCCAUCCGGGUGUUCUUCAUGCUCCGCUCCCUAUCGCUGCAGCUGCGAGGUGAGCCCGAGACCCAGCUGCCGCUCACGAGAGAGGAGGACCUGAUCAAAACCGAUGAUGUCCUGGAUCUGAAUAAUAGCGACUUGAUCGCCUGCACUGUUAUCACCAAGGAUGGCAGCAUGGUCCAGCGCUUCCUGGCUGUGGAUAUUUACCAGAUGAGCUUGGUGGAGCCCGACGUGUCCAGGCUUGGCUGGGGAGUAGUCAAGUUUGCAGGUCUUCUGCAGGACAUGCAGGUGACUGGUGUUGAGGACGACAGCCGCGCCCUCAACAUCACCAUCCACAAGCCUGCGUCCAGCCCCCAUUCCAAGCCUUUCCCCAUCCUCCAAGCCACCUUUGUCUUCUCGGACCACAUCCGCUGCAUCAUCGCCAAGCAGCGCCUGGCCAAGGGCCGCAUCCAGGCCAGGCGCAUGAAGAUGCAGAGAAUAGCUGCUCUCCUGGACCUCCCAAUCCAGCCGACAACCGAAGUCCUGGGAUUUGGACUCGGCACCACUACUGCCACGCAGCACCUGCCCUUCCGCUUCUAUGACCAGUGCCGCCGGGGCAGCAGCGAUCCCACUGUACAGCGCUCUGUGUUCGCGUCAGUGGACAAAGUGCCAGGUUUUGCUGUGGCCCAGUGCAUCAACCAGCACAGCUCCCCACCUCUGUCCUCCCCGUCCCCGCCCUCCACCAGCGGGAGCCCCAGCGGCAGCACCAGCCACUGCGACUCGGCCGGCGCCAGCUUGUCAUCCACACCCUCCGCUGCCCAGAGCCCGUCAGGUACUGGCCGCAUCCUCCAGGAUGACCCCACAACUCCUCAACAACCUCAGCUUCACCUUCCCGACCAGUUGGUGGUCGUCAAUGAGACAGAAGUGGACCCCAAGCCCAGCAGGAGCCUAGGGAGGAGUGCUGACGUGGAAACGGCCACCCUGUCCCCCAGCCUCACCCCUGCCCUGCAGCCUACCAUCUCCCUGCUCUACGAGGACACGGGGGACACCUUGAGUGUGGAGUCGCUGACCCUCGUCCCUCCUGUGGAUCCCCACAGUCUCCGGACCCUCACCACCAUCCCCCCAUCUCCUGCAGCCACCCUGGGAGAGGACCCUGCCCCACCAGAGCCAGCAGACCCCAGUGAGCUCUGA